AUGAGGACGAAAAAAUCCGGUGGGAGUGGAAGAAAAAAAAAAGGGAAAGAUGUAGAGAGCCAGUCAGACGAAAGCUUCAUCGACAGUGUAGAGGAGGAGGAGCUGGCUGAAGCAGAAGGUGAAGAAGACGUGGUAGACGCGGAGGAGGAGGAAGAAGAAGAAGAAGAAGACGGUGAGGAGGGGGAUGAGGAGGAUGUGGAAGACGGCGAACAAGACGAACAGGACGAAGACGGUGAAGAAGACGAAGAAGAAGAUGAAGAUGAGGAUGAUGAAGAAGAGGACGAAGACUACGAACUGAAAAAUUACGGCAUAGCACUUGAAAUGCCUAAGCGAAAGAACAGAGGAAAAAACCUGAAAAAGCUAAUUGGGGAAGACUUGGAAAAAGAUGAAAAAUUCUGGAAUGAUAGCAUUUGGGAGGAAGAAGAGGUAGACGAGGAGUACGUAAAUUCGGAAGGGGAAGAAGAAUACAUAGAUGUAACUGACUCCGAUUUUGACGAUGAUGAAGAUCAACUGGACGAUGAUGAUGAAGAGGAAGCGGAGAGAAAUGAAAGGGAACUAGAUGAUGAAGAGAUAAAACGGAAGAAGAAAAAAAUGUUUUCCUAUUUAGAGAAAUUAAAAAAACAAACGCAUAAUCGUGCAUUAAGGCAUAAACUAAUGAAGAAGGCGAAGCAUUACGGGACAAAAGUCCUUGGUGGGCAAUAUGGUACUCCCCUCCACGGUGUGGAACACAAAUCUGGAAGGACAAAAAAAGGACAGGGUGAAGAAGAAGUGGCAGGCGGGCUAAAAGGUGAAGGGAUGGUGAAGAAACAAAAAAAAGUUGAUAGCUCCUGCAUGGUCUUGAAUAGAUCUACUAGAGACACAACCAGACAAAAGACGGAGCAAAUACAAAAACUCUCCGAAUUGAGAAGAAUUAAAAGGGAAAACCGUUUUAAAAAAAAGGACGAAAAUAGAAAAAAACAAAAAAGUACACAAAGAGAAAUGACAAGGGAGGAACGAUUAGAAGAAGCAAAAAUAACCGAGCAGUACAAUUUGCAAUCCCUCUUACAGUUACAAGCCUGGGAAGAAGAGAAAAAAAAAUAUAUUGAACAUAAGAGAAUUAUUUAUCAUAGACCGAAAAAUGUUUUUAUUAGUUAUUCCUAUUCGAAGGAUAAAACAUUUCCAUCGAGCGAAAAUUUGAAAUAUGAACUCGAUUCGUAUUAUGUGCAAGAUCCUGCACAAAUGACCAAUGCCACUCUGAGUGGAGGUCUCCUAAACUCCCCCAGUGAUAACAAAAUUAUGGCACAAAAUUGUGUGGACUACGACAAUGGCGUUGUAGAAGGUGAUAGAGAUGUAGAAAAAGCUGAUUCAGCAUUCCAAGUAGGAGGCGCAAUAGAUAAGGAGGAAAAUAACGCACCCAAUGCGGAAGAAGUGCCUGAUAAUGCGAGCGAUGAGAGCAUAAAAAGAAAAGAAAGUGAAAAUGAUCAAGUGUCAAAAGAAAGCGAAGACGAUGAUAAUGAGGAUAGUAACACAAAAAUGGAGAAAUCGAAACCAAUGCAGCCGAUCCAGUUGCAGAAUUUAGAAGACCUGGAUAAUCUGGAUCAGUGUGAAGAUUUACACAUAGAAUAUUUAAACGAAAAUGAUGAAAUAAAUUUUGGAAUUCACACAAAGGAUAGCAGCAAAACGGUAGAUGAUAAUAUUACAAUGGUAACAAAAAAGAGAAAAAAAAUUAAAACGGACAGGGAGGAGAGACAAAUAUAUAUUGUCACCGACUCGAACGAGCUAAAUGUAUACAGCAAUUAUAAUAAUUGUAAGGAAUAUCUGGAAGAAGUGAAAAAUAAAAAUAAUCUAUGUGCAAUCACCAAUUUGGAGGGCAAGUAUUUUGACCCCCUAACAAAAAAAUAUUAUAAUAAUGCAGAAGCGUUUAAAUUGCUACGAUUUUAUCAUCACCAAAAAACGUAUGACGAUGUGAACCAACAGAUAUCCAUGAUGGUUCAACUUUUUACGAACAAGUUAACAGAAAUAGAGGAAAAUACAAAAAAUGGAAUUUCUGCCACGUAUCCUCUAUUCAUUUUAAAAGAAGAAAACUUUGACCAUAUCUACUGCAAGGAAAAUGAAAGUAUAAGGCAAAGGGAUACCCGCGAUCGCGAAUCGAGGAGCCGACAGUUGGGGGAACACAACAAUGAAUUUUUUGAUAUCGGGAAGCUAAAAAAGUUGUUAUAUUUUCAGUCCAAUUUGGACCAAUCGAUACAGGAAAAACGGAGACAAGAAAAGAAGUUGAGAAAAUUAUACAAUGCUGCAAAAGCGGGUAAUUUUGCUGAAACGAUUAGGAAUUUCCAAAAAGAUACUCAACAGAAUGGAGCCCCUCCUGGCGAAAAAGAACAUGAUACGAAAGAUAAAAACGACACAAAUAAUGCAGACGAAAUAAAUCAGGAUGGGGCUGCCCAGGGAAAAGAAGACAACCCUGCACAUAUGAAUCAACAAACGUAUGCUGACGAACAAAUGAAAAAUGAGAAGGGAAGAAAAACGGGAGAAAUACAAGAAACAUCUCCCCUUCAGGCAACAGUAAACGGUCCAGCAGAAAAAAUCAUAAACAAACACGACCAUGUAGAUAACACGGGAAAUAAUGAGAAGGAACAGAAGGAGAGAAAAGUCAAACAUGCUGAUAAUGCUCAACUGAGCAACGUCCUACAGAGCGUGGAAUUUUUGAAAAAGGUGCAAUCGUUGAAGAAUUACUUCGGCUACAAUGAAUCACAAAGCACGUCUUCAGGCGUACCCCCUGGCGGGCACAACAAUAAUGCAGGUGAGGACAAGAUAAAAAAUGAAAAUGACCAAGUUGUACACCUCAGUGGAGAUACAAACUACGAAAAUACCAACGUGGAGAAAAAUCAAAAAACGGAAUCUCCAAUGUCUAAGGAUAAUGAAGAAAAAAAAAAAAAUUAUGCAGAGAAACCUGUUUAUAUGUUCCCUGAAAAGGAUGCAGCAGAAAAAUUCAAAACACAUUUGAGAAGAAAUAAUAUUAAAGAAUUUUUUGAAGUAAAUGACCUGGUAAAAUAUAUCAAAAAUUUACUAGGAAUAAAAUCAAACAUCCAUGAAAAAUUCGAACAUGAAAAGCUGAUUGUAAAAAAUUGUAACUAUGAAUCCUUUGGUCCUGAAUUUUGCAGUGUUGAUGAAGAAGCCAAGCAGAUGUUAUGGAAUUAUGAGAAUAAAAAAAAUUGUGCCUUUCUCUUUAUCAUAUUGUUUACCCUAUGUUUUAGCCUACUCAUACAGAAUAUAGUCUACUACAUAGAAAAGAGGGUCCGAAAUUCCAAAGACCAAUUCAGGAAGGACCUACUGAAUACCGCCUUUAGACAGAUUUCUCUAAUUACCAUAAUUAACCUCACCAUAUGGGGGAUUCUACAGUCAAACGUGGCGGAGGCGCUCGACGAAAUCAUUUUCAACGAUAUUUUACCGCGACAAAGAAAUGUCGACGAAGUUUUGCACAAUGUGGAACCUCUGCUGGAGAUCAUAUUUGAGAAGAUACUUUUCAUCUCGAUGAAUUUUCUCAUAUGCUACUCCCUAUUUAUAAUUAACAUACAUUUUGUGACGAGGCGAAUAUUAAAAUGGUUUUCCGAAGCGGACAACUGCGACAUUUCGAACAUAGCAAAGGAAAUAAAAGAGGCCCGGAAGGGGUGUUUCAGGAAUUUCGUCUUUUUCUUAAGAUAUGCAAGAAACUCUAAGUAUUUAGCGCAUCGAUACGAUUUUUCUGAAAACGUUGAUGCAAUAAGCAUACCGGGACUAGACCCGAACGGAUAUUAUUACUAUGAGUACAUGAGAGCUUGUUUAUUGAAGUACAACGUCAAGUUAAUAAAAAUACCCAACGCCGUAAUCCUAUUUCUGGUGUUCGCGUGCAUUUCUCUAAGGCCCUUUUUUAACAUACGACUGAAGGCGGAGGUUAUUUUUCUGAACUUCCUGUCCCUCCUUUGCAUCGUGGGCUUACUCCUGAUGUUAUACUACCUUUACAAAAUAGACAGACAGUUACUGCCGAGGGACAUUUCGAAGUAUCUUCUAAACAGAUACCACAUCGAAACGUGUGAGCAGAGCAAAAAGGACAUCACACCAUACUACAAACUGUUGAAGCAGCAGUCUGUGUACCCCUCAGCAAUAAACUACUUUCUGUACAAAACUACGUUCCCCAACAAGCAUGAGCAGCUGUUUUAUUUUUGGGGAAACGGCCCCCGCCUAAUUAACUUUAUCUUUCAAACCCUAUGUUUCUCCUUCCUAAUUAUCCUGUCCUGUUGGAUAUUUUUGCUACGAGUUGAUAACAUCACGUGGUUCCAACUGUACAGUUAUGGAAGCUUGGCCAUAUGCGUGUGCAUCCUCCUCUUCUUGAUUAUUCUCAAGUAUAUCAUUUAUUACAAUAUUAUGAUUAGCAAAACGGGGUAUUUAAUUGAUACCAAGCUGCUGGAGAAGGUUUGGGAAUUCGAAAGAUCGGACAACAUAAAGAGAAUAUCGGAAUUUAUUGACGCCAUAAAAAUAAAGUCCACGUUACAUGCCCUGAAAGAGGGCGGCGAAAUUUUCUGGAGGCAGCUCCUCAUUAAAUCAAACACAGUGCCGUCAAAUAUACAGGAGAAAAUGUUUAGCAUAUGGGUCGGCUUGGAUGAAGAAAACAGGGGAAUCAUAGACUCUGCGAAAAUUCUUAAAUUUUUAAAAUCGCAAGGAAUUAAUCUUACUUCGGAGAGCGACAUCAAGGAAUUCCUGGAGGUGUUCGACAGGAACAACAAAAAUGGCCUAAACCAAGAAGAGUUUUUUGUCCUCAUUAUUAUAGUCAAGCAAAUAUUGGUUGAACUCUUGGACAUUAACGCCGUUCAGUCCCUGUUUGAAGAAGUGUAUGGAAUCCCAUGGAAUUCACUAUCGUCCAUUGAUGCGAACAGCUUAAAAAGAAUCUUAACAGAGCUAAAUUUGCAAUGGCCACAUGGAAAAAUCCGCAAUUUGAUUGACUUUGUGUGCGAAAAUAAGAAGACGAAAUAUGUCAGUGCAGAAUAUUUCAUAAAGCAGCUGAUCAACAUCGAAGAAGUGACUUUGCAGCCCUUCCACUCUUCCUCGGACACAAAGUAA